UGGAGGACGUCUCACUGGUACUACGGUGCAGGUGGAAUAGGCGAAUCAGCCAAUGAGAAGGCUUGUAUGCCGAUACCAUGGAGACCGUUGCUUAGUAGCCAAGGGAACUGAACGCCGCUAUAAGCCACAGUGAGGAAAGAGAUAGCGCUUCAGUAUCACGCCAUCUCCGACGGGCAGCCAUGCCAACCACAGUCACCCUGGAUGCAGUUAAACCACCCAUACAUGAGCAGAUCUCUGAGCUGCACAAGAAACUCCAACUCCUGGAUGGGGACCACAAGGCUUAUGUGGAGAGGUCGCAGUCGGAUAUCGAGAAAAAUGAAGAUAGAAUUCAGAGCCUGCGACAAGAAAACAAGAAGCUGCACAAGAAACUGGCGGACAUGCUCGCGGGUGAUGAGAAAGUGAUAAAGGAGGCAUUUCAGAGACAUGCUUCGGAAAAAGCCGCCAUGAAAAACAAGAGUGGGCAGGCUGCCAUUGAGCUCAUGGAUCAGAAGUUGUGUGAUAAGAUGAAGCGCCUGAAUGCCCUGCACCACCAGGCAGAGAGGAAGAGGAAACAUUUGGAAGAGCUGCAGACCGAGUACAAGCAGAGGGAACUAGAAAUGCAGGGCAAGAUGGUGGCAGAGGAGGGACCCUCACAGGAUGAGCAGGAUGAAGCUGCAGACAAAGAGGAAGUACCAGAACAGCAGGCCAUGCGUCUCUUGGAAAACCGACUGGAAAAGGCGCAGCUGAAGAACCAGGAGGCAGAACACAUUUUCAGCGUCUAUCAAAAGCUAAGAGAGCACAUGCAGGAGGAAAGCCUGACAUUUCAGACUCAGCUGGAUCUCAUAGAGGCUGAGAUCAUAAAGCAGAGAAGUGAGCUGAAGGAGCUUCAGAAGAUGAACAGAGAUGCUGUGCAAGCACGGGAUGAGGCGCGGACUGACCUUCAGCAGCAGGAAGAAGAAGUUACAAGAGAAAGAAGGGAAAGAGAGCGCACCCUUCAGAAUUACAAAAAGCAAGCGGAAGAGAGACGUAUUCAUGCUGAGCGCGUGGAAAGAAGGGCUCAGCGAGUGGCCUUGCCUGGAGACGAUGCUACAGUGGACACUCAACAGACGCCAAGUGGAGAAGAUGAAGAAAAGGUGAUACGCACCUUCCAGGAAGCCUUUCAGAGGAUAAAGGAAGCCACUGGCGUGACAGAUACUCAGGAGAUUGUGAGGCGCUUCAUAGCCCAGGGAGAAACUAGCAAACACUUGGAGGAACUAAAGAUUGAGAAUGAAAGGACACUGGUGAGGCUGAAAGAGCAGAAGGAGAAACUGGAGGAGGAAUUCCGUAACCAGAAGUACUCUGGGGAAGCCAAAUUGUCCAGAGGGCAGCAGGAUCUGGAAGAGCUGCAGAGUCACCUCCAGAAAGAAGAGAAAAGGUGUGAGAAAACCAAAGAGGAACUAGAACAAAUGUCCAAAAUUCUGAAUGAGACCAAAGCUGGAGUGGAACAUCUAGCAAGCAAAGUCAAGCACAUCAAGGUGCCAAAGGUCUAUUUUCCUGCUCUGGAUGGUUCUCCAUUGUCAGAUGAGCAAGUCCUUGACCUAAUGGGCAUCACUGAGGAGAAGUUGCAGAAGCUUCUGGAAGAGCUGGAGGGGCAGGAUCUGGGACAGAUUAUCAAACAAAUGGAUGAAGAAGAGUUCCAGGCAAGCAUUGAGGGCAAACUGCCAGCGCACAACAUACGAAUUUCCCUUCCAGCUCCAUCCAAGCAGGACAUGUUUGAAGAUGAAGAGGACAGCGGAGAAGAUGAAGGUGAUGUGGUGACACGAGCAACCUUAAAGAGACAGUCCCAGCAAAUCAUUGAAUCGAAAACAAAGAGGAGAACCCGCCCCAAGAAGAAAAAGGGCAAGCAGUGAUGGACCCUCCUACCAACCCCUCACCGGUCUCUGUUCUACAGAGGCUCCCACCAUUAUCUCAGAGAUACAAGCUCAGCUGUAGUGCUAGGCCCCAGCCUAUCUGGGACACCCCUAACUGUAUCUGUGCCCUCUUUAUAACACCCAGAAUUCCCUGUACUCAUCAUCUGAUUCUAAAUAUCUUACAUACAUACAACAGGCUCAAUCCUGCAAAGUGCCCCUUUAAAAUUAAAUAACCCUUUUCCCUUUGUCUUUAUAAUAAAAUAAUCUUGUGGUUCCUCCGUUAAAGUAGCAAACUUUUCUGUUUGUCCCAAUUGCCUCCGGAUUUGUACCUUUCUCUGUUUGCUCUGUUCCUCCGUGUGCAUCCCCAUUACAUUCCAGAUAGGACUUGGAGGCUUCGCACAGAACAGAGGGUCAGGGACUUGCAUGUCGUGACGUUGGAGGGAGCAGCAGGAUUGUGGGAACAGCGGGUGAUGACGCCAACCAGAGAUCUGUCUGACUGUGAUUCUGUGACCUUUCUGUUUUGUGUGUUACAAAUAAAAACACAUUUCCCCAGA